CGGGCGCGUCAGGCGGGGGCGCCGCGGUUCCGGGGCGCAUGAAGGCGGAAGCCGCAGGCGGAGGCCGCCGCCGCCGCUCUCGGUAAUUAAAAAUGCAUGAUGUGACUAAAGUAGUUGAACAAAGCAGCCUUGCCAGCUCGCUCAAGAGUCCCAGAGCACGUACCAUCGGCUAACUGAUAAACUGUGUUUUGGCAUAGUAACUAUGCCUGGUUCUAUGGAAGGUUGACAGAUAUCUGUAGAUGUAGAGCUAAACAUUGAGGACCACACUCCAUCCUCAGACUGGAGAAAGCUGAAGCCUUAACGUAGGUUUGAGGAUGGGAAGAUUUCAUUCUGCUGCAGCUUUUGGCUGAACAUUUCUGCCUGGGAUGGCGGAGGAUCAGGAGCUGACUCAGCCACACAAAGCUCAACUCGAGUCCUCCCUUCAGCAGCGCACCAGCAACACAUACCGCAGUGCGGAGCACUCUCAGGCUUUGCUCAGUGGCUUGGUAUCUCUCCGAGACAGCAGCAUCCUCUUUGAUGUAGUUCUUGUAGUGGAAGAGAAACCUAUUGAGGCUCAUCGGAUACUGCUAGCUGCAUCUUGUGACUAUUUCAGAGGAAUGUUUGCAGGAGGACUGAGAGAGAUGGAACAAGAAGAAGUUCAUAUUCAUGGAAUCUCCUACAACGCAAUGUGUAAAAUCUUGAAUUUCAUUUAUACUUCUGAGCUGGAACUCAGUGUCAGCAGUGUACAGGAAACCUUAGCUGCAGCCUGUCAGCUUCAGAUUCCAGAAGUCAUUAAGUUCUGUUGUGAUUUUCUAAUGUCCUGGGUAGAUGAAGAGAACAUCCUGGAUGUAUACAAACUAGCUGACCAUUAUGACUUGAGACAUUUGAGCGAUCAGCUGGACUCCUACAUUUUGAAGAACUUUGCAGCUUUCUCAAGGACACAAGCAUACCGCCAGCUACCCCUGCAGAAGGUCUACUCCCUGCUCAGUAGCAACCGUUUGGAGGUUAACUAUGAAUUUGAAGUUUAUGAUGGUGCACUUUUUUAUCAUUACUCUCCAGAGCAACUGGAGACAGAUCAGGUCUCCCUGAUGGAGCCCCUUAAGCUACUUGAGACAGUUCGAUUUCCUCUGAUGGAACCCCAGAUCCUGCAAAGGCUUCAUGACAAAUUAAGUCCAUGUCCUUUAAAAGAUACAGUCGCAGAUGCAUUAAUGUACCACAAGAACGAAUGUCUUCAGCCAAUGCUCCAGAGCUCCCAGACACAGCUGAGAUCAGAGUUCCAGUGUGUAGUGGGAUUUGGAGGGAUGCAUUCUACUCCAUCCAUUGUUCUCAGUGAUCAAGCCAAGUAUCUGAACCCCCUGUUGGGAGAGUGGAGGCACUUUACAGCUGCACUAGCCCCCAGAAUGUCCAACCAGGGGAUUGCUGUUCUCAAUAAUUUUGUAUAUUUAAUUGGCGGAGACAACAAUGUAAGUGGUUUUCGAGCAGAGUCGAGGUGUUGGAGGUAUGACCCACGACACAACAAAUGGUUCCAGAUCCAGUCCCUACAGCAAGAGCAUGCUGACCUCAGUGUUUGUGUUGUGGACAAUUAUAUAUACGCCGUCGCAGGCCGAGAUUACCAUGAAGACCUGAGAGAAGUGGAGAGGUAUGACCCUAAAAGCAACACUUGGGAAUAUGUGACACCUCUGAAGAAGGAGGUAUAUGCACACGCUGGAGCAGCACUGGAUGGGAAGAUGUACAUUACCUGUGGGAGGAGAGGAGAAGAUUAUCUGAAGGAGCUGCAAUGUUACGAUCCAAAGACUGACCGCUGGGAAGUUUUAGCAGAUGGUCCAGAGAGACGUGCUUGGCAUGGGAUGGCUGCACUGCUGGGAAAGCUCUAUGUGAUUGGAGGAAGCAACAAUGAUUCUGGAUACAGAAGGGAUGUUCACCAGGUUGCCUGCUACAGGCCAAGCACUGAUCAGUGGACAAAUGUAUGUCCACUUCCUGCAGGACAUGGAGAGCCAGGUAUCGCUGUCUUAGACAACAGGAUCUACGUCCUGGGAGGCAGAUCCCACAACAGAGGAAUCCGCAUGGACUAUGUCCACAUUUAUGAUGCAGAGAGAGACUGUUGGGAGGACGGACCCCAGUUGGAGGAUGAUAUUUCUGGGAUGGCUGCCUGUGUCCUCACCUUGCCCAGGGCUAUUUUAAUGGAAACAGAGAAAUGGUUCUCAGAAUGGCAUGCAGACCGCAUGAAGUAUCACCUUGACCUUCCAUCAGAAGUUAUGAGCGUAUCAGACUGGGAAGAAUUUGACAAUUCAAGUGAAGAUUAAAAAAUUUAGUAUUUAUUUUUUGCCAGUAGUUGAGGAAAUUAAGUCUUGAAAGAAAAAAAAAAAAAAGAAAAAAACAUAAAGAUUUUAUAUGUCUUUCUUAUAUCCAUAAAUAUGUAUUUAAAAGUUUGAAAAAUAAGUGUUCUGCACAAAAUGACAUCCGCUGUUAUUAUCUGCUCAUCUGCAAGUGUUUUGCACAAAAUGCCACUACCAGUCAGUAUCUGCUCACCUGCCAGAAAGCAGAAUUUUUAAAGUAACCACAGAACUGCCAUUUCCCCCCAGAUAAAGUAGAGAGGUUCAUUUCCUUUGAAGGAGACUUCUCUCAACUUCCAGCGUGGACAGGAAAAAAAAAAGAAAAAAAAAAAAAGGCACAGAAAGCUCAGCUUGACUGGCUUCUUUCCUUCCAGCUUUUAAUGUGAAAUAGCUCUUUGAGUUUAGGGAGAUUUUAUUUUUUCUGGUAAUAAAACCUUCUAGCAAGCCUAACAUGGGAAGGUAAGAACUAGCACCUCCCUCCUGUGCCGGGUGUCAGCCUGAUCAUUUCUAGCCAGACUGAACAUACAGAAGCAGGAACAGUAGAAGAAAUCUGAAUCUUCAUCUCAUCUGGGCAUGCAGCCAUCCUCAUAGCUGGGUUAGAGUCUGUGAACUGACAUCCAUUCCCAAAUUUCUGUACUACAGGUGCUGACAACGCAGCAGAAAGAUUUCUAGAAACAGCUCUUUGUACAGAAUAAGGCAAUCUCAUCAUUCAACUGUCAGACACAUUUGUUCACAAUCAUAAAUUAAUUAAUAAAUCUUUGUCAGAACGUU